ACCAUUCAAGUUUAAGAUUGUAGAAUUUAUUGUGGAGACAUUAUUCGCAAGUUGUGCUUGAGUUUUAUUUAUUUGAUUUUUUAUAUUAGUUUUUUCUAACAGAUUUUCAGAAUGUCCCUGCUGGCCCUUCGUCCUUUACUGGUUCGCAGCCGGUUCCACAGUAUGCCCUUGUUGCGCGUCGUCACCGUUUCUUCGGGGGUGGUGCCAAAGCAGUCACGUUUCUAUGCUGCCCAACCAAAGCGCUCAUCUGCCGAGGCCACUUCCCUAACGGCCGGCUCUGGCCGGACCGAUGUUUCAACGGAUGUGAAACCGCUGGGCGAACGGGUGAAGGAAAACACCAAAACGGCAAGCUAUAUGGGCGUGAUUCUGCUUGGCGUUGGCGUAACAGGGAUACUGUUUUUCGCCAUUUUUCGCGAGUUGUUUUCAUCUAAUAGUUCGAAUAGUAUUUAUGCGGAUGCACUGGACCGGGUGAAAGAUGAAGCUCGGGUGAAAGACGCUCUUGGGGCUCCCAUCAAAGGUUAUGGAGAGGAAAACAGCCGAGGACGGCGGAGGCAUGUAGCUCACACGACCUACCUCCGGGAGGGUGUUCAGUAUUUGCGGAUGCAGUUCUACAUUCAGGGCAUUAGAAAUAAGGCGACAGUGCAUUUGGAAAAGCGAAUGAAUGAGAAAGGAGAUUACGAAUACCGAUAUUUAUUCGUGCAGCUUGAUUACUAUCCACACACCACAAUCAUCCUAGAGGAUAACAGACUGCAACAGGAUGGUACAAAACUGGGCGGAAGCUUCCAACCAAUCAGCGAAUUAAAAUGAUUCUAGUACACUGCCAGGGAGUGUGAUAAUUUGUAAAUAGUAAACGUAAAUUUUUUUAGUUAUGUGUCUGUCACUCGUGUGAAUGAAAUUUAC